CUCCCGCCCGGGCGCUGCUUGCGGAGCGGGCGGCCCCGCGUGGUGGGCCCACCGGGUGCCGUACCACAGAGAAGGCGUGGCCUCCCCCCCAGCCCGGGUCCCCUAAACCCGCACGCUCGGCUUCGCUCUGAUCUUUAAAAGACGACCUCGUGAACGCUCGGUUCCAGGACUCGGCACUGACGCCCGAGAUUUGGCUCACUGUGGAUGGAUAAUACUCAGAACCUCUAAGAUCGGGCUUCCUGCAAAAACGGGGCGUCGAGGUUCCUUUUUAGAAGGGACCUGUGAGCGCUGGGCGGUCACCUUCAAUGUUUGGGUGCAAAUGUUUCCAGAAACUGCUUUUUCCACUCAGGUGUCGGUGACCCCAUCUCCAGCUAAACAUCGGGCCAAGAUGGAUGACAUUGUGGUGGUAGCUCAGGGCUCUCAGGCCUCCAGGAAUGUCAGCAAUGAUCCUGAUGUCAUCAAGCUGCAAGAGAUUCCAACCUUCCAGCCCCUUUUAAAAGGGCUCUUGAGUGGACAGACAUCCCCAACAAAUGCCAAACUGGAGAAGCUGGACUCUCAGCAGGUGUUACAGCUCUGCCUACGGUACCAAGAUCACCUGCACCAGUGUGCAGAAGCGGUUGCUUUUGAUCAGAAUGCUCUAGUCAAGCGAAUCAAAGAGAUGGAUCUGUCCGUGGAAACCCUCUUUUGCUUCAUGCAGGAGCGCCAGAAAAGAUACGCCAAGUAUGCAGAGCAGAUCCAGAAGGUGAAUGAGAUGUCGGCCAUACUGCGCCGCAUCCAGAUGGGCAUUGACCAGACAGUGCCACUGAUGGAGAGGCUCAACAGCAUGCUGCCAGAGGCCGAGCGCCUGGAACCCUUCAGCAUGCGGCCUGAGCGUGAGCGGCACUAGCAGGCACCUGCCUCCCGAGCAGCUCCUUCAGCCUCUGCCUGGGCCCUGAUGUUUGCUUAGAUGUGGUCAUUCUUGAUAACUGAAGAUGGGACAGUUGAAUUCCUUUGAAUUCUUUAAAGAACUUGCAUCGAGAGUUAUUUUUAUUUUGCUCAGAUUUUUUAAUUAAAAGUGUAUCUAGACUAGCUACUGUAAUGAAACUGGAGAAAACGUUAAGAAGCCAUGUUCUCCUUGGCACCCUGGGAGACUUUACUCAGGCCCUCUGGGUUGUGGUUGCAAAUAUAAGAUCUAACUGAGUCCAGUUAUUGUUCCCACGAAAGCUCCCGUCACAUCAAGGAGGUAUCUGCAGUGUCUUCCUUUCCUGCUGGGACACUGUCUCUUUGUUUCCAGGUACCAUGCCCCUUUUGUGGGUCACUGGAAACUGAAUUCUCCCUUCACUUACUCCUGAAGUUGUUGUCUGUUAGUAACUGCUUUCUCAUACAGAGUCCAGCCUUCCGUCACCUCGGCAGACCUCCGUCUCCGUAACAAGGUUGGCACCAACAUUGCAUCCUGUCCACCAAGGGUGGUCGUUCUCUCACUCCAGAGACCCACUGAGCUCUGCUGAUGUGCCAGGGACGCAAGAGGAGGCAAUGCAGCGUCUGCCCUCCAUUGCCAUCUGUAGAUCAUGAUGCCCAGGAAAGAGAUGCUGCCCAUCUCAUGAGUUCAAGGAGGAGAUGCUCAAGGGAGGGAGGGGUGGGAUAAAUGGAGGGGGCAGGCCUGAAGACAAGAGCUGGGGUCUGAGGAGAUCAGGGCUGGGAGCCUGAAGCCUUCACCUUGUUCCCUGUAUUCCUCCAGAACCCAGAGGUGAUUUAUCGGGAGUCAGAAUAGCUUUCAGUGUUUUUAUAAGAUUAAAAUUAAUCUGUUUACUUUAUUGUGUAGCAGCUAAACUUGAUCUGAUUCUAAUCUUACUUUUUAAUUUUUAAUUUUAUUUAUUAUUGUCAUUUUGUAUACGAUGUGUUAUGUGUGAAUAAGAUUGUUAUAACGCAUGCUUGGAGGUCAGAAGACAGCUUUCCAGAGCUGCUUCCCUCCUUCCACCUUUAUGUGGAUUCUGGGGAUCGAACUCAGGUCUCUAGGCUUGUAUGACAAGCAUCUUUACCCACUGAGCCCAUAAAAUCCUUUUUUCUUAAUCAGAUACUAAUUUAUAAUGUUUUUAAAACCCAAAAUAAAAUGUAGGGCAUACAGUAGUAGAGGAAGCAUGAGUAUUUAAACUACCAGAAAGAAAAAAGAUUAAAUCAGAAAUAGGGAAAAAAUGGUAGUGCUGUGGGACGGUCUGUAUGUCAAAUGCUCUGAUUGGUCAAUGAAUAAAACACUGAUUGGCCAGUGGCCAGGCAGGAAGUAUAGGUGGGACUAAGAGAGAGGAGAAAGGAGAGAACAGGAAGGUGGAGGGAGACACUGCCAGCCGCCGCCAUGACAAGCCGCAUGUGAAGAUGCCGGUAAGCCAAGAGCCACGUGGAAAGGUAUAGAUUUAUAGAAAUGGAUUAAUUUAAGAUGUAAGAACAGUUAGCAAGAAGCCUGUCACGGCCAUACAGUUUGUAACCAA